AUGGCGAAAUUACAUGAUUUGUGUGAAAAAUAUUUCGGAAGUAGAAAUUUUUAUGAAGUUCUUGAAAUACCUAAAACAGCGAGUGACAAAGAAGUAAAAAAAGCCUACCACAAAUUGUCACUGUUGGUGCAUCCCGAUCGUGUAGCUGAAAAUAAAAAGGAAGAAGCCACUGAAAAAUUCCAGGUGCUUGGAUUCAUUCAUUCAAUAUUGAGUGACACUGAAAAGCGUAAAAUUUAUGAUGAAACUGGCCAAUAUGAUGAAGAGAGUGAAGAAGUUGCGAUGCGGAACUGGGCCGACUAUUGGCGUACACUGUUUAAGGAAGUUACUAUCGAAGACAUCAACAAGUAUGAAAAGGAUUAUAAAGGAUCUGAGACUGAGAUCAAAGAUCUCAAGCGGGCCUACACUGACAGCAAAGGUAACAUGGAUUACAUCCUAGAAGCCGUGCCAUUUACUAAUUGUGAUGAAGAGCCUCGCUUGCACGCAAUUAUCCAAAAGCUUAUUGAAGAUGGUGAAGUACCUGAGUACAAAGCUUUUACUAAUGAAAAUGAGAAGAAAAAAGCUCGUCGUAAGCGUAAGGCGGUAGCAAUCCUAUCAACUGCAGCGUAA